UGGGGCUAAUUGGCUCUCAGUCCACUUGUGUGACUUAUUGGCUGCGGUGCCGCUUAUAAACAGCUCGGCUGCGUCAUUUCCUGACAGAGGACGCGCAGAGGCACCGGAUCCGCCACACUCCGCUCAGUCGCUGUUGGACCGUCUGGGAGGCGGCGGGUCACCAGCGGGACCGGGAACCACAACCGGAGCCAGGACCACCACACCGACCCCCCGGACCGGGACCGAGCACCACCGGGUUUAAUGUGCAGAUAUUCUUGUGGAUUUUGGACUCAGUGGAACCAAACAGGGAUCUACUCUGCUCAACUCCUCUGGACGCAGCGCACAAACGGCACAAACUACUUUUCCGUGUCGCUUUUCUUCCACAGAGACCGUGUUAGUCCCACGGAGGACCGGUUCCGGUAGUUUUCAGCUGUGGGGUGGUUGUUUUUUUUUUGCGUCAAGUUGUGGAGCUGGAGACGGUGAAGCGGACACCGGAGAAUCGGCGGCCACCUGACCUCCUGGAAAAUAAGACCGCAGCUAAUGACACGGCAGGCUGGGAUCCUGCGUGGAUCAGUAAAACCCGGACACGGAGCCGAGUUCCCCUGCGACUGUUAAAGGAAAAAGUUGCUUGGGUCCAGGUUUGUAAAUAAUGCCCGGUGCGGACUGAAGGUGUCAUCUGUGGAGCUGAAGGAGUUGGACUGAACCGCGCGUCAAAGCUGCGUCCCCCCCCCACCCCCCACCCCCCCCACUCGUGUCCGUGGAUGAUCCUUCAGACGCAGACGGCUAUGGAUCCGCGCGUCCUCCAGAAGCCCGGGUCCGUGUGCGCGGUGCCCGCUCUCUAACCCUGCCCCGCUGCGGCGCCGUGUCCCGGUCCACCUCGCCAGGAUGAGCAGCACGGACCUGGAGCGCAUGUCGCUCAGCUCGUCGGCCAACUCGGUGGCCUCCAGUGCGCGGACGCUGUCGGUGAAUGUGAAAAAGCUCCACAACGCGCUCAACCUGCUGCUCAACGACUACGAGAGGGAGCAGUUCAUCCACUGUCUGAACGUCUACCACUCCAAACGCAACGUGUACGACCUGGUCCAGACCCUCAAUGUCAUCCUCAACGCCCCCAGUAAGAGGCAACUUCUGCCCAUGCUGCGGCUGGUCAUCCCCCGCUCCGACCAGCUCCUGUUCGAGCAGUACACCUCCGAGGGCCUCUAUCUCAAAUCGGAUUUAGUGGCAAGCAACGGGAACGCCGACCCCCCGGCAGCAGCGCCGCCGCCACCGCCGGGUGACUACCCCGGCUCCAGCCCGACCCCCCCGGCGCAUCUGUCGCCCAACAACCCGCCGGAGUUCCAGGUGGCUCUGCGCGGUUCUCCGGACAGUUUCAGCACCAGCAGCGACGGGACAGCUCCCCUGGUGCCGCUGCUGGGGAAGAACUUCAUCCACGAGCCCCCGGGGGAGCUCCGGCAGGUGUCCAUGAAGAGGCACAAGAGCCACGAGGGCCUGGGCUUCAGCAUCCGAGGAGGCUCCGAGCACGGGGUGGGCAUCUACGUGUCCCUGGUGGAGCCCGGGAGCCUGGCGGAGAAGGAGGGUCUGCGGGUGGGGGACCAGAUCAUGAAAGUCAACGACAAAGUGUUCGACAAAGUCACGCACGCGGAGGCAGUGAAGGUGCUUAAAGGCAGUAAAAAGCUGUGUCUGUCGGUGCGUUCAGUCGGGCGAAUCCCGGGCGGCUACGUCACCAACCAUGUUUAUACCUGGGUGGACCCUCAAGGCCGGAGCGUGUCUCCGCCUCCGGACCUGCCGGAGCAUCGGAGCGCCACCCUGAGACGAACCGACAGCCAGAGACGCAGCAACAUGCAGCUGCUGCAGGACGGAGACGAGAAGAAGGUCAACCUGGUUUUAGACGACGGCCGCUCCCUGGGGCUGAUGAUCCGAGGCGGAGCCGAAUACGCUUUGGGUAUUUACAUCACCGGAGUCGACCAGGGCUCGGCAGCAGAGUGUGGAGGACUCAAGGUCGGCGACCAGAUCCUGGAGGUGAACGGCCGCAGCUUCCUGAGCGUCCCCCACGACGAGGCCGUCCGAGUCCUCAAGUCGUCGCGGCACCUGAUGAUGACGGUGAAGGACGUGGGCCGGCUGCCGCACGCCAGGACGGUGGUGGGGGAGACCAAGUGGAUCGCCAGCUCGCAGAUCGGAGAGAGCUCUGCCAACAGCAGCAUGGCCAGCUUCUCCGUGGACCAAGGAGCCUCUGCAGCAGGAAAGCCCGGCUUCUAUAAGGGUGUGGCUGGCUCUCAGGUGACCCUGUCCAGCCUGGUCAACCAGUCCCGGGCCAUGCUGGAGGAGCAGGCCCGCCACCUGCUGACCGAGACCGAGCGCCAGACCAUGGGCUACUACGUGGAGGAGUACCGGGACGGACACAUCGGCGUGGAGCAGCUGGUCAUGGCGCUGUUCGAGCUGCUCAACACACAUGCCAAGUUCUCCCUGCUCUCCGAGGUCCGAGGUCUGGUCACCCCUCAGGAUCUGGAACGUUUUGAUGGUCUGGUGCUGCGACGGGAAAUCCAGGCUCUGAAGGCGCGACAGGGGACGACAGCUGGAGCCGCGGCGCUUCAAACGGACUCCAUGUCCAUGGUGUCGUACCCGGACACCCUGACGUCGUCCUCGGCCAGCUUCAUGACCAACACCACCCUGAGCUCUGCACGGAACGACAGCGUGGUGGAGACGAAUGAGGACGAUCCUCCGGAGAGUCUCAACAUGCUGCUGACCGACAUCUCUCUGGAUGAUGUACAGUCCGCCACCGCCGAAUCCCCCCCCUCCUUCAAGCCUCCGCCCCCCCCAGGGGUGCAGAGGCGCCAGAGUAGACGAGACCAGCUCUACAAAAGCCCCUCGUCUGAGUCGUCCCACUCAGGCUUGUACUUCACAGCCCCGCCCUCCCACAGCCACAGCACAGACCCCGGUCAGGGCGUCACCUCGCCGACGCAGCACCACAAACGAGAGGCCGCCAGGGACCCGACUCGAGACUACGCCACUGUCCGAAAGAAAGACGCCGCCGCCGCUCACUCCAGGAAAGAGCCCAUAGCGAACGCUCAGCUGUCCACGGUGGCGCAGCACAACAUCGGGCCCUUCCCCAGGGUCCAGUCCCGGCAGCAGAGCCACCAAACCCACCCCCUCCACCCCUCCACCCCCUCUCCUCCACCUCCACCUCCGCUCCCCGCCCCUCCUCCUCCUCCUUCGUCCCUGCCCCAUAAACCGGGGUCCGUGUCCAAAUCGGCCGCCUCUAAACACCAGUUUGUGACAGUUGAGGUUCACAGGCCCAACGCCGAGCCGGACGUCAACGAAGUGCGGCCGCUGCCUCAGGCUCGAGGUGGCGCCCUGUCUCAGCUGUCAGACAGCGGCCAGACGCUCAGCGAGGACAGCGGCGUGGACAUUGCUGAUUCGGGACACGUCAGCAAAGACAGCAGCCCCCACUCCUCACGCACUCGCCGCCCCGGAGAGCACCAAGGGGGCGGGGGGGACAACCCCUCCAAACCGCCCGGUCUGCUGGAGCCCACCUCCACGCUGGUGAGGGUGGCCAAGAGCGCCAGCACGCUGGGCAUCGCCAUCGAGGGCGGAGCCAACACUCGGCAGCCGCUGCCACGAAUCGUAACAAUACAGAGGGGGGGUUCGGCUCAUAACUGUGGCCAGCUGAAGGUGGGUCAGGUGAUCCUGGAGGUCAACGGGGUUUCCCUGAGGGGCCGCGAGCACAGGGACGCCGCCAGACUCAUUGCCGAGGCCUUCAAGACCAAAGAGAGGGACUACGUGGACUUCCUGGUGACAGAGUUCAAUGUGGCUCUAUAGCUGAGAGGACGAGGAGAGAGAAGAAGAAGUAGAAGAAGAGAAGUUCCAAGACAAAAGAAGAAGACGAGAUGUAAACCUUCAGAGAUUUCAAUGGCACAACUCUUUUUUUUUUUUUUUUCCCCCUCAGCCUUUCUCCUUUCCCAUGAAUCUGGAUACUCGAAUUUACAAGGUAUUUAUCCGAACUGUGGACUUGGUUCAGGAUUCUCUUCAACGUUUUACCUCCCCACUGUGAGACCUUAUGCACUACAACAGAAAAUCGUGAAUCCUACAUUGCUUAGUCUGUUCUUUUAUCGUCCUGGAUCUGAAAUGGACCGCGGCGUUUUUACAACACCAAAACUUUGUCGUAGCACUCCCACAUCCCAUCGUCACUUUAGUGAUUUAUUAGUUAUGGCUUCAGAGGAAAGUGCACAUCUGAGACUUUAAAAGCUUGUAUUUGUAUAUAAGAUGAACAAAUGUAAAUACAGAUGACUAUAUAAUGUACACAUGAAGAUAGUAGUAUAUGAAUUAUAAUAAUGUAUCAUCAGCAUAUAAUAAUAUACUUGGAUGACGAUGAUAA